AUGGAGGCACCUCUGCAGACGGAGAUGGUGGAGUUGGUACCCAACGGCAAACACUUGGAGGGGCUACUCCCUGUCGCCACCCUCACGGCUGGCAACCAGAGGGUCGAGGGCCCCGGACGGAGCUGUGUUGAGGGUGAAGGCUUCCUACCAAAAAGUCCCAGCAAGGAGCCACACUUCACCGAUUUCGAGGGGAAGACAUCGUUCGGGAUGUCAGUGUUCAACCUCAGUAACGCCAUCAUGGGCAGUGGCAUCCUGGGGCUCGCCUACGCCAUGGCCAAUACGGGCAUCAUCCUUUUCCUGUUCCUGUUGACGGCCGUCGCCUUGCUCUCCAGCUACUCCAUCCACCUGCUACUCAAGUCCUCAGGGAUCGUGGGCAUCCGUGCCUAUGAGCAGCUGGGCUACCGUGCCUUUGGGACCCCAGGAAAGCUGGCGGCAGCCCUGGCCAUUGUGCUGCAGAACAUCGGAGCCAUGUCCAGCUACCUGUACAUCAUCAAGUCCGAGCUGCCCCUUGUCAUACAGACCUUCCUGAACCUGGAGGAGCGGACCUCGGACUGGUACAUGAAUGGAAACUACCUGGUGAUCCUGGUCUCUGUCGUCGUCAUUCUGCCUCUGGCACUGAUGCGGCAGCUUGGCUACCUAGGCUACUCCAGUGGCUUCUCUCUCAGCUGCAUGGUGUUCUUCCUAAUUGCAGUCAUCUACAAAAAGUUCCACGUGCCCUGCCCGCUGUCCCCCAGUUUAGCCAACAUGACAGGCAACUUCAGCCUCGUGGAGGUCAUCAAGGAAGAGGCAGGGCUGCAGGUUGAGACGGAGGCCACAGCCUUCUGCACCCCGAGCUACUUCACCCUCAACACACAGACGGCGUACACGAUCCCCAUCAUGGCUUUCGCCUUUGUCUGCCACCCUGAGGUGCUGCCCAUCUAUACAGAGCUCAAGGACCCCUCCAAGAGGAAGAUGCAGCACAUCUCCAACCUGUCCAUCGCCGUCAUGUAUGUCAUGUACUUCCUGGCCGCCCUCUUCGGCUACCUCACCUUCUACGACAGGGUGGAGUCGGAGCUGCUGCACACUUACAACAAGGUGGACCCGUUUGAUGUGCUGAUCCUGUGUGUGCGCGUGGCCGUGCUGACGGCAGUCACCCUCACAGUGCCAAUUGUUCUGUUUCCGGUGCGCCGCGCCCUCCAGCAGAUGCUGUUUCAGGACCGCGAGUUCAGCUGGUUGCGGCAUGUGCUCAUUGCUGUUGGCCUGCUCACUUGUAUCAACCUGCUGGUCAUCUUUGCCCCCAACAUCCUGGGCAUCUUCGGGGUCAUCGGUGCCACAUCUGCCCCAUGCCUCAUCUUCAUCUUCCCUGCCAUCUUCUACUUUCGCAUCAUGCCCACAGAGAAGGAACCUGCAAGAUCUACCCCCAAAAUCCUGGCCCUUUGUUUUGCUGCACUUGGCCUCUUGCUGAUGACCAUGAGCUUGAGCUUCAUCAUUAUUGACUGGAUCUCGGGGACCAGUCGGCAUGGAGGAAACCACUAG